AUGACCGUGGCAACGUCGAUAUUGGGCAGCUCCAGAAUAGGUACACAGAGAUACAACCAAGCUCGGUCUGCUCCUGCGAGAUGCGUGUCCCUUCGGGCCCCUUUAGCGUAUACAGUUAAGCAUCGAGAGGGUGAGCCGACGGACCCCGAAAAAUUGCAGGAAUGGCAGAAGGAGCGCAUUGAACGAAGGCUAAAGGAUGAAUAUCAGUCCUCAUUGAAGCGGCUGGGAGAAUUGGGAAUCUCAUGUUUGCCUGAUGUGCAUUCUCGCAUGCAGAUUCAUGCGAGCAUGGACUCAACGGCCAGGGUAGCAGACGUGCACGUCCAAGGCAACACCCGGACCCGUUCUUCAUUCCUUGGUUAUAUUAUAAAUCCUCAUUUGAAGAAUACUACCUCGACACCAAAACCCGAAACCCUGGAAGACGUACUCAAUCGUGUGCACCGAAUUUCCGACACCUUAGAGAGGACAGACAUUUUCCACAGCGUCAGAGUGACCCUAGAACGUAGUCGCUCCCCUUUAGCCGGGUCCAAUGAUGUAGAUGUCACGUACAACGUCCGUGAUAGACCGCGGAUGUUCCUCAAAGGCUCGACGGAGACUGGGAAUGGGGAAGGGAGCGCUACUGCAAUUGCCCGCAUGCGCAAUGCUUUCGGGGGUGCAGAGACAUUGGAAGGCUCGAUAUCAUAUGGAACGCGAACACGCCAGGCUUUCCAAGUGCGGUUGGAGGCCCCUAUUACUCCUACUCUGAUGACCAGAGGGGAGCUCAGCGCAUUUAAGUUCGAACGGGACCAAACCUCAUUUGCCAGUUCUCAUGAGGGUGUAACUGGGUUUAAAGCUACAUUAAGGAGACCCACGGCUCUUGGUUUACACGAGUUAUCCUAUGAAUUUUCCCGUCGGAGAAUUAAAAAUCUCACACCAGCUGCAUCGAUUAGUGUUCGUGAAGCUGCAGGGCCAACAGUAAAAUCUUCCAUAUCACACAUUCUCGUUCGGGACACAAGAGAUGGCACAAUAGCUAGUCCUGUGGGAUCCUUCCUCAAGUGGACAUCAGAGUAUUACGGAGCACAGGAGUUGGCUGGCGUUGGGGGUGGCGACGCAUCGUUUGUGAAGACUGAAGUAGAAACCCACGUUUCGAGGCCACUUCCGUUCGUCUCGGGAACGACAGUAUCAUUCGGUCUCCGCUCAGGGAUUCUCGUGCCAACAUUUGGGCGUAAAUCACUGUUUUGUGAUCGAUUUUAUUUGGGUGGUCCAACAAGCGUGCGAAUGUUCAAGCAGAAUGGACUUGGUCUUAAGGAUAGAGCCGACUCGUUGGGAGGGGAACUUUUCUGGUCUGCCGGGCUGAGCUUCAUUAGUGAUAUUCCCCGAAAAUCUCACUGGCCACUCAAAUCGCAUAUUUUCUUCAACGCCGGUCGCCUUGACAUGUUAGAUCGAUAUCGAGCGACCGAUGCGGCCCUGCUGCGAGAAUUCUUUGCAAGACCUUCAGUGUCAGCUGGAGUCGGUUUGAUUUACCGGUUUGAUCCCAUACGAUUGGAAGUCAACUUUGGCGUGCCAUUGGUUGCUGCGAAGAGUGAUUGGGCACGGAAAGGCGUCCAAGUUGGAAUAGGAUUGGAAUUUUUAUAGUGCAUAGUCUGGAUUUAUCGCCUGAUAGUAUAGGUCCAUACUUAUUACAGAUCACCCUUUUACAGAUCACCCCGCGUAGUCGGUGCCUAAUAAACAAUUCCCCCGGUGUUUGCGAUUAGAUGCUACUGGCGGCAAAUAUCCUGUUAAGCAGCGUUUGUUGA